AUGAAAGCCAGUAGUAUGACUAAUGAAAAGGCUCUGGGGUGUCCUUUGCUCAUGUUCCAUAGUCACCAUGGAGAGAGAAAUGGCCCUGAUGAGGGUGAAUCGGACGUCAAGCGCCGUCGAUUGAAUGCCAAGACAACCAAUCCGGCAGGAUAUCCAGAAACCGCUGUACCAAAGGAUCCUGAUGCAUGUCCUGCAGGCCAAGUGGUGCCUCCAGCAAGUUCCCAAACUGACCUGCAACAGGAGAUUUUGAUGAAAGCCUUGAAGAUUGCCCCCCGGGUUGGAAAGAUGGUUUUAGAACGUGGUGAACUUUUUGAAGAACUCCAGAUGUUAUUCCCUGAGUAUCGCAUCCGAGUUAUCGAAUUGUGCAAGGGGACUGAUCGUUUUCGAAAACCUCCUGUGCGAUUGGUCUCUCAAGAAGCACCAUGGAGACUGUCCUUAGGUUUGCACAGACACCAGCUCGAGACCGUAGAUUUGGGUCCAUGGAUGCAGUGGCAAGGCCUCAGCAACCGAGAGCUUUGUAGCAAGUCACCACCCUUAAGACUACUCAUCUCUGUGUUUGCACAAAAGACCAUUCCUAACUCGAGUGAAGAGAAGGCGCCUCCAAGUCAAAGUUUUGAGGGUAUGAAUCCAGAUGAUACCCAGGUAGAAAACAAACGCUUGGGGCGAGCGUCGGGCGCCAUAGGACGAGAUAAGACCCUAGGAGUCGACCUUCAUAAAGGGUG